AGUUUCAAUACAUCUAUUGAUAAUGAAUGUCAUGCUAUACCUAAAGUUUGCUCAUUUUCUGGUGAGCAAAAGAAAUUGUGUGAUGUUAUUUAUUCAAAUGGAAUGUAUCCUUUUAUAAAUACUGAUGAGAAUAUCUGGUAUUUAGUUAAAACUGGAGUUCUUAUUAUUGUCGAUAGUCAUUUACAGUUUACAGCACCUCUUAUUUCACAAUUAUUCUUUCUGCAAUAUUAUAGGAGUGAAGAUCAUGCUGAAACUGCGCCUUCAUCAUUAUAUGAAUUUAUUGUGAAAAUUUUUAGGAACAAACAUGAUAGAAGGAAUUCUAUAGAAUUAGAAUAUAAAUGCGAGAGAUUUAUAGACUUUUAUGUGAAUGAGUUAGACUGGACAAUAGAACUCUUGAGAAAUGAACACAUAUUGCAAGAUCUACCGCAGGAUUUAUUACAAGAUUCAACUUCAGAUGCAAAUAAUCCACAAGUUCUUAUUGAUAAUGUAGAACAAGAAAGUAGACUGUUACCAUCUACAGAAAAGUAUAAGAAACGUGUCAAGUGUCUUGUCAAAAUUUCUGGUCAACCUUACGGAUAUAUAAUAAAAUCUGAUAGUAGUACUGAAAAUUUUAUUUUUCAUUUAGCAAAGUAUCGUAUUACACGCGAUAGUGAUUUAUCACAGAAUAAUGAAAAU